UGAAGAUGGAAGGGGUCCAACCCCUGGAUGAGAAUGUGGGAAACGCACCAGGGCGAAGAUUCCAGAGCAACAAGCUAUUGCUGGUGGCGGCUGUAAUUCAGGGGCUGGGGCUGCUCCUGUGUUUCACCUACAUCUGCCUGCACUUCUAUGCUUCCCAGGUGCCACCUCAGUAUCCUCCAAUUCAAAGUAUCAAAGUACAAUUUACCAAGUGUGGGAAUGGGACAGGUUGCAUCAUCACGUCCCCAAACAAGGAUGAAACCAUGAAGGUGCAAGACAACUCAAUCAUCAUCAACUGUGAUGGGUUCUAUCUCAUCUCUCUGAAGGGCUACUUCUCUGAGGAGCUCAGCCUCAGCCUUUAUUACCGGAAGGGUCGGAAACCUCUCUUCUCCCUGAGCAAGGUCAAAUCUGUCGACUCCAUUGGAGUGGCCCAUCUAGCUUUUAAGGACAAAGUCUACUUUAACGUGACCACUCACAAUACCUCCUACAAAGACAUCCAGGUGAAUGGUGGGGAAUUGAUUGUCAUUCUUCAAACUCCUGGUGGAUUCUGUG